CCAAGCAAGGGAAGAAAGCAGCCUGCGAGUUUAUUAGGAGAUGAGAUGAGAUGAGCUGAGCUGGCGGCCUGGCCUGGACUGGACUCGUCUCAACCCGACUCGACCCGACCCGACCCGCCAAACCCCCCAUUCCCAUAAUGGAGUACUGAUUUAUUCCUUCCCUGUCCCUGGCCAGGCUUGGCAAACCUCUCCAACCCCAACUCCAACUCCAAUCCAUCAAUCAAUCACUCAAUUCAUUCAUUCACCUCUAAUCAUUUUUCCGAAUUUCAUUCUGCCUAGAUUCUCGCAGCCGGAGGAGCAUUGCCUAUUGGAUUGGAUCUCACUCUCCGGAGAAUUACAACGCUUUCCUAGUUUCUUUUCCCUACUUAAUUCUCUGCGCGCACCCCACCCCGACUUGGUUAUGGCUUCCGCGAAAUCGUCUCGGUCAAGGUCAUCGCACUCCGCUGCUUCCGCAAAGGGAAACGCCAAAGAUGCAGGGGCCAAACUCGAAGAAAACCUCAACGUUUUCAAGGCCGAUAAAUUCGAUGCCGAUGCAUAUGUGCAGUCCAAAUGUCACUCCCUCGGCGAAAAGGAAAUAAGACAAUUGUGUUCAUAUCUUGUGGAUCUGAAGAGAGCUUCUGCUGAAGAAAUGCGUCGAAGUGUAUAUGCUAAUUAUACAGCCUUCAUUCGGACAUCUAAAGAAAUUUCUGAUUUAGAGGGUGAGCUUUCGUCUAUGAGAAACUUGCUAUCCACUCAAGCAACCCUAAUUCAUAAUUUGUCUGAAGGGGUUAAUAUUGAUUCUUUAUCUCAUGCUAUUCCUGAUGGUUCUCCCACAAGUUUGCCCAAUGAUGAAGUAAGAGAGCUUUCUGAUAUAGAGAAAUGGUCAACAGAGUUUCCCGAUUUCCUUGAUGUACUGCUAGCUGAAAGAAGAACAGAUGAAGCUUUGGCCAGCCUUGAUGAAGGAGAGCGCAUAGUGGCUGAAGCAAAAGAUAAGAAAACACUGGCACCUGCCAUUCUUCAGUCACUUCACACUGCUAUAAUUGAACACAGGCAAAAGCUAUCUGAUCAGCUUGCUGAAGCUGCCUGCCAGCCUUCCACACGGGGUGCAGAGCUUCGAGCAGCUAUCUCAGCUCUCAAGAAGCUCGGUGAUGGUCCUCGUGCUCAUAGUUUACUUCUCAAUGCUCAUUAUCAGAGGUAUCAGUACAAUAUGCAGAGCCUUCGUCCUUCGAGCACCUCUUAUGGAGGAGCAUACACAGCAGCACUAUCACAGCUUGUCUUCUCUGCCAUUGCUCAAGCAGCAAGUGAUUCCUUGUCUAUUUUUGGGCAGGAGACAGCUUAUACAUCUGAGCUUGUGAUGUGGGCAACAAAGCAGACUGAAUCAUUUGCACUUCUUGUUAAAAGACAUGCAUUAUCGUCCUCUGCUGCUGCCGGGGGUCUGAGAUCUGCUGCAGAAUGUGUUCAAAUAGCCUUAGGGCACUGUUCAUUACUGGAAGCUCGUGGUCUUUCUCUUUGUCCUGUGCUUCUGAAGCACUUCAGGCCUAGUGUCGAACAAGCUUUGGAUGCUAAUCUGAAGCGAAUUGAAGAAAGCACAGCUGCAUUAGCUGCUGCUGAUGAUUGGGAGUUAACAUAUCCACCGACUUCCAUUCAUCUGUCUGGAAGGACCAAUACUGCUAUGGGUGGCAUUUCACAUCAGCAUAAGCUUUCAAGCAGUGCUCAUCGGUUUAAUGCUAUGGUCCAGGAUUAUUUUGAAGAUGUAGCACCCCUUUUAAGUCUACAGUUGGGAAGUAAAACACUGGAUGGCUUGUUCCAUGUUUUCAAUUCAUAUGUAAGUAUGCUCAUAAAAGCAUUACCUGGAUCCAUGGAAGAAGAGGCAAAUUUUGAAGGUUCAGGAAAUAAAAUUGUUCGGAUGGCUGAAACCGAAGCACAGCAAAUGGCAUUGCUUGCUAAUGCAUCUUUGCUUGCUGAUGAGCUGUUGCCACGUGCAGCCAUGAAGUUAUCCCCAUUAAAUCCGGUGAAUUACAGGGAUGAUACUCGUAGAAGGCCCAUGGAUCGCCAAACUCGUAAUCCUGAGCAAAGAGAAUGGAAGAGGCGGCUUGUUGGUUCUGUCGAUAGGCUGAAAGAUAGUUUUUGCCGGCAACAUGCUCUUGAUCUUAUUUUUACUGAAGAAGGUGAUAGUUAUCUAACUGCCAAUAUGUAUAUAAACGUGGAUGGCAAUGUAGAUGAAAUAGAGUGGUUCCCAUCUCCAAUAUUCCAGGAGCUUUAUGCAAAGCUGAAUAGGAUUGCUGGCUUAGCAGCUGAUAUGUUUGUCGGAAGGGAAAGGUUUGCUACUUUAUUGUUAAUGAGGCUCACAGAGACUGUAAUUCUGUGGCUUUCAGAAGACCAUACUUUUUGGGAUGAUAUUGAGGAGGGACCUAGAGUUUUAGGUCCUCUGGGUCUACAGCAGUUCUAUCUGGACAUGAAAUUUGUCAUGUGCUUUGCUUCACAAGGCCGUUACCUGUCUAGGAAUUUGCAUCGUGUGAUAAAUGAUAUCAUAUCUAAAGCAAUGGCAGCUUUUGCAGCCACAGGCAUGGAUCCAUAUAGUGCACUUCCCGAAGACGAUUGGUUUAAUGAAAUCUGCCAAGAUGCCAUAGAGAGGCUGAGUGGAAGAGGGAAGAGUGCUAAUGGGGAGAGGGAUCCCAACAGCCCAACUGCAUCAGUUUCAGCACAGUCGAUAUCUUCCAUUAGAUCUCACGGCAGCUCCUGAGAGUGUGAUUUUGUGAAAGGAUGGAUUUCCCUGCUCUGCUUGCUACACCUAUACAUGAUGUAUCAAAGAAAGCUGCCGUGUUUUUCAUUCUUAUUCAACCAACAGUUUUAUUGUUUUCGGUUUCUUUUGGUUUAAUACUAGUUUUGCGGUAUAUUUUGUUUUGUUUGUUUAGAGUGUAGGAGGGGGUCUCUCGCUGGAAAAAGGCAGGCAAUAAUAGGGUCCGGUAGAUUGCUUGGAUUUGUUUUUGUUUGUUUGUUUGUUUGGUAUGGUGGGAGGAAAGAUUUGGUCCAAGGUGUGGUGUGGUGUGGUGUGGUGUACAUGAUGGAUGUAUGAUGUUCACAGGAGCAGCAGUAGAGGACGCGACGCGGUGAAGUGGAAUUAAAAACUUUGAUCCAUUAUUGUUUUUUCGGCGGUGUAAAGCUCAGCUCAGCCCAGCCCAGCUCAAGAAAUGAUUUCGAUUUUAGCGGGAAACUAGAGCGCCCCAGCCUCCCUCCUCAUAGUAUAAAAUAGUAGUGUAUCAUAUACCCGUCUGUCAUACAUUGGUAUUGAAUAUAUUAUCGAUAUUGUAAAUAAGAUUUUUAAAUAUUUAA